UAGAGCUUGCAGAAGUUCAAGCUCCGGUUUAUCGCUACGCGAAGUUAAACUUUUCCGUUUACUAAAAACUUUAAUAAUUCAGUGAAAGUGAUUCGAAUGUGACUGUUUUAUUUGGUGCAGAGCACUUUGUUAUCUUGACUACCUCGAAAGAAGAAAGUUUCUGACGAAUUAUAAAGUGGAGUUAUUCAAGAGCCCAUUAAGACUCAAAGGAAUAAUUCUCUUAAGAUCAUGAGUUUAACAGAACUACUGGAGGAAAUUGCGCUUCGAACUUAACCAACUCCUAAGAUGCUAUCACUUCUCCUAGUGACCUUGGCGAUCGCUUCCUUGGCGACGAAUCUCGAUAUGAAAACAAACUUUGUUAAUUACACAAUACCGGAAACAGAAAAGAUAAUAGGCUUGAGUGGUGUCACAUCAAUUCAAGGCGAAACMGACGACAUUAGAAACAAAUCAAUCGAAAGAGAUAAAGCUGAGGGAAAUUCACCAUUUCCAGAAUGUCGAGGUCAGCAACUUUGCGAUAAUCUAUUAAAUAUUUCAACGUCAACUUUAACACCUAAUGUCGCCAACAUGUCAGAAAAAGUAAUUAUAGAAACUCAAAUUCCAGCCACUUUUAGAAAGUUCAAUAUUUCUGAAAGAACCGGAAUUGGGGAUAAUCUGAUUACAUCAUCUGAUAAUUUGGUAAAAGAGAACAGUAAAAAAUUUAAGUUAAAUGCCCGGAAAGUGGGCGAAAGAUCGACCAAAAAGACGCCUCAAACAAAUCAUCAUAAAUCCUUUCAGUCGGACGAUAUUUUUAGGCGAAAAAUUCGAGGAGAAGGAAAUAUGAAUUCAGUUUCAACGAUGAUCGUUUUAGGAAAAAAUCAACGACAAAGCCGGACGACCAAAGUUUUAUCACAAAAUCAAUCAAUUACUACUGAAGGGUCUACGGUUGAAACGAUGAAAGUGUCUACUACAACGACUCACAAAUACACUUCACCGCUGCGGUCUGACUACCCUUUUGAAAGCAUUGUACUUUCUGGGAAAAAUCCAAGCGAUUCAAGCGACUUUUCCGGGAGUUCUUUACGACCAACGUGGGACACUACUCCACCCAAACCGGUUGCUGUCUCUAAUUCAGUCGGAAAAACUCGGAAUUUCAUCAAAGUUUCGACAAUCACUUCGCAUUCAACGGAAAGUGUUACUCCAGCUACAAAAAAAGAAGCUAAAACUUUCGGUGUGGUGAAAUACGCCAACAAAUUUUCACAAAGUCCGUUUGCAAAUCUGAAAAUUCACAUGGAGACACCGACACACCGAAGUCUCCUCAAUUUGUUAACGACCGAAGGAAAUCUUGUUGAUCUCGAAACGGGCACAAAGUCAGUGACAGAUGAUCUAACAACGUCUAGUGGUAAUUUUAGUGAUGGUGUUAGUAAAGUGAUACAACAGCAGGAAAUUCCGUGGCCAGUGAAAAAGGAGGCCGUUGUUGAAGGUGAUUUGGUGUUGGGUGGUUUAAUGAUGGUGCACGAAAGGGAGGACACUAUCACGUGCGGACCCGUGAUGCCACAAGGUGGUAUACAAGCCCUAGAAGCGAUGUUGUAUACGCUUGAUAGGUUGAAUUUCGGUUCGGAGUCUAUUCUACCUAAUAUUACGUUGGGAGCGCAUAUCUUGGAUGAUUGCGAUAAAGACACGUAUGGGUUGGAGAUGGCAGUGGACUUUAUAAAAGGUUCGAUUAGUAACAUCGAUGGGGCGGAGUAUCACUGCAACAAAACCCAAGUUCGAAAAGUGAUAUCAGGGGUCGUUGGCGCGGCUUCCAGUGUGACAUCUAUACAAGUAGCAAAUCUCCUAAGACUCUUUAAAAUACCCCAGGUGUCCUUUUUUUCAACGAGUCCAGAACUGAGUAACAAGCAAAGAUUCGAAUUUUUCACCAGAACGAUUCCAUCUGAUCAUUAUCAAGUGAAGGCAAUGGUCAACAUUGUUAUCUUAAUGGGAUGGAGUUACAUAUCUAUCAUUUACGAAGAAUCAAAUUACGGGAUUAAGGCAUUCGAAGAGUUGGAAGACCUCUUAGCUGAACACAAUAUAUGCAUAGCUGUAAAGGAAAAGCUUGUAAAAGAUUCCGGAGUGGCGGAUGAGUCGGCAUACGACAACAUCGUACAAAAACUUUUAACGAAGCCAAGAGCUAGAGGAUGCAUUAUUUUCGGCUCUGAUCAAGAAGUGGCCGGCGUCAUGCGUGCCGUCCGUCGUAGCAACGCAACGGGAAGCUUUUCGUGGAUAGGAUCAGAUGGAUGGAGUGCUCGUUCUUUGGUCUCUGAUGGUAACGAGGCCGAAGUAGAAGGCACUUUAUCAGUGCAGCCACAAGCAAAUCCUGUGCGUGGAUUUGAAGAAUAUUUCUUGUCUUUAAAUGUUGAAAACAAUUCAAGAAAUCCUUGGUUUAUAGAAUUCUGGGAGCACCAUUUCCAGUGCCGCUACCCUAACAGUUCAAAAACGCCCUACAACCAAAAACAUAGCCAUCUUUGUACCGGAAAAGAAAAAUUGACUCGCCAAAAUACAGUUUUUGAAGACCAAUUGCAAUUCGUUUCGGAUGCCGUUAUGGCAUUUGCCUACGCAAUCCGAGACAUGCACCGAGACCUCUGCCACGGAAGACCGGGACUCUGCGAUGCUAUGAAGCCAACGAAAGGAACAGAGCUUUUAAAAUAUCUUCGAAAAGUUGACUUUGAAGGUUUGAGCGGUGACAGGUUUCAUUUUGACAGUAAUGGAGAUGGACCCGCACGCUACAACAUCAUCCACUUCAAGCAAGUAUCUAAAGGGAAAUAUCAGUGGGUGAGAGUUGGGGAAUAUGUUGAAGGAGAACUAAGACUCAACAUGUCAGAGAUACAAUUUAAACUUGGCCACCCCAAACCUCCAGAAUCUGUAUGCAGUUUUCCUUGUGACUUGGGACAAGCUAAGAAAUACGUCGAGGGCGAAAGUUGCUGUUGGCACUGUUUCAAUUGUACACAAUACCAGAUUCUUCAUCCCAAAGAUCCAACACAGUGCAUCGCGUGUCCCCAAGGAACAGUUCCCGAUCCCCAUCAUAUCCGUUGCGAGGACAUUCCUGAAGAGUAUCUGCGACCAGACAGCGGUUGGGCAAUCGGUGCAAUGGCCUUUAGUUCCACAGGAAUCCUUAUUACGAUGUUUGUUUGUGGGGUUUUUAUUCGACACAAUGACACUCCAGUUGUGAGAGCUUCAGGAAGGGAAUUAAGCUACGUUUUAUUGGCAGGAAUUCUUAUGUGCUUCAGUGUAACUUAUGCUCUAGUCUUACGACCAAACGACGUUGUCUGUGGAAUCCAAAGAUUUGGUGCUGGAUUUUGUUUUACGGUGGUAUACGCCGCACUUCUAACAAAAACCAACCGCAUUUCUCGUAUUUUCAAUGCUGGAAAGCAUUCGGCAAAAAGGCCAAGCUUUAUAUCACCCAGAUCCCAACUGAUCAUCUGUUCCGGACUGGUUGGAGUCCAGGUUCUCAUAAAUGGCGUGUGGAUGGUGAUUUCGCCAGCUCGAGCCAUACAUCACUACCCCACUAGAGAGGAUAACCUUCUGGUGUGCUCCUCUUACAUCGAUGCCUCCUAUAUGAUUGCUUUCACCUACCCGAUCUUCCUCAUCGUCAUCUGUACCGUAUACGCGGUGUUGACGAGAAAAAUUCCAGAAGCUUUCAACGAAUCCAAACACAUAGGUUUUACAAUGUACACAACUUGUGUAAUCUGGCUAGCAUUUGUACCACUAUACUUUGGAACAGCCAAUCACGUAGCACUUAGAAUAACAAGUAUGUCAGUUACCAUAAGCUUGUCUGCAAGUGUUACUGUAGCAUGUUUAUUUUCACCAAAGCUCUACAUUAUUUUGAUAAGACCAGAACGCAACGUCCGCCAAAGCAUGAUGCCAAUGCGUUACAGUGCUAUCAAUAAAAGUUCGGCUACCACUGGUUCUGGUAGUAUGAUGGCUGCAGUGAUGGUAACAGCAGCCACUUGUGAUCAGAAGCAACAAAUCCAAAAACAUGUACCCCCAGUAGAAAAAGAUGAAGAUUUAAGCGAGUCAAAGGUGAAGCCCGAAACAAAAGAUAUCAGCACGCAGACCUCGCCUGCUAUAAGUAACAAUAUGCUCAACAGCUCUCAAGAGCAUCUUCCGAAAAUUAACAACAAUUGCAACGUCGGAAAUGGCCCAAUAGGAAUUCUUCCCUGCGUACAAACUAAGGAUUUUCCUUUAUAGCAACAGAAAGCAGUCUUAAGGACGUCUAGUCUUAAAUGUCGGAGAAAUCCAGUUCAAGUCUAAUAAAAUACUCAUACGAUCGUAGAUAUACUAAAAUAUUUAUAUAUACUAAUUUUAUACGAAACCUGUACUUGCGUAAAUUAUAUGUUUAAGUAUUUAUAAAUGUUUGACAUUGAUUCUGGUAGCUGAAUGGUAUAAAUCAAGCUUUAACUUGAUACAUACAAUUUAAAUAAUUGUUGAUUAUUUAGAGUGUUUAAUACAGGGUAAUCCGGAUAUUUCUAGUCACUAAUUCUAAUGUAUAAAGUCUUCAAGUGGGCAAGACCAUUCUUGCUAAGUUGUAUUUUUAUUGGUGCUGUGAAUAAGAGAUUUGUACAAUUUCUUGAAUUAAUAUUAAAUGUAUGUGACUGUACUCCACUCACUUCACUUAAUAUUAAUCUGAUGUAUAUUUAAUGUAAUGAUAGUACUGAACGCUUCUUACUGUAAGGUCGUUUACUAUUGUAAGAUAACGCGUAAUUAAAUCGCACAAAAUUAGGUUAAUUCCAUUAUAAACAUUUUUUUAAAUAUGUAUGUGUUAUUGUAAAAGCAUAUAAUUCGUAUUUCAUAUAAUAACUAAUUAUUUCAUAAAGUACCAAUGUGAGGUAGUGAAAGUAUAGUAUAGUUUUGUUAUUUCAAACAAAAAAUUAAAAGGGACGAAGAUUAUGACAUGGAGAAUCACAUAAGUUUCAGUCACACGUUAUUUUAUAAAAUAUCUAGUUGAAGCAUGUAACGAAAUCUAUUGUAUAUUUUAACUACAGUAAGUCGGUAUUUAAUGAAAUAACUAUUUAUUACGUGAAAUAUAGAAAUUAUACGCUUUAGUUGUAACACAAUUUGGUGUGUCAACAGUCGCCAUUACUGAGCCCAGUGUCGCCUGCUGUCACAUUUAAUUAUCUAUUUAACUAAAACCUGUCAUGAUAAUAAUUACAUACACGUUUUACUCAAGUAAUCAACUACAUAACAGUAAUUAUUGUCAUGUAUUGUACUUUUGAAAAGUGCAAUAUUAAAAAAAAAAUUCAAACAUGACGUACCUGUAAGCAUGUUUAAUGUUUCCAAAUAUAAUGUACCAUGUAUCGACCAUGGAGUUAUACUCGUAAUAAUGUGUAACACAGUGUAUCUAAAAUUAUGUUUUUAAAUGUAAA